ACGUGGCCUCUACCGCGUCUCUCGCGGAGGAAACAUGGCGGCCCUGGUGCGCGCUGGCUGCGGGAUUUGAAUUACUCUGCUCUGGGCUGCAGCAUCCUUACUGAUGGCGUCUUCGGCUCUGUGCGGUUCGUGUCAGAGCCCGGAAGGGCUCCCUGGAGACCCCUCUUCGCAAAAAGAAGAAGAGGAUGGUUAUCGUGAAGAUAGGGCCAGCGACUCAAGUUCCUAUUCGUCUGCGAGUAGCGAUUACGAUGACCUUGAGCCUGAAUGGCUGGACAGUGUGCAGAAAAAUGGAGAGCUAUUUUAUUUGGAACUGAGUGAGGACGAAGAAGAAAGCCUCCUUCCUGAGACACCUGUUGUGAAUCACGUCAGGUUCAGUGAAAAUGAGAUUAUUAUUGAAGAGGAUGAUUACAAAGAAGGAAAAAAGUAUGAACCCAAACUCAAGCGGUUUACCAAAAUUUUAAGAAGCAGAAGACUUUUACCCAAGCGCCAUAAUAAAAAAAAGAGCAAUGAUAGUGGGCCGGUCUCCAUUCUAAAGCAUCAGUCCAAUCAGAAAACAGGAGUCAUUGUUCAGCAGAGGUACAAAGAUGUCACUGUCUAUGUAAACCCCAAAAAGCUAACAGUCACCAAAGCCAAAGAGCAGCUCAAGCUUCUGGAAGUGCUGGUUGGGAUCAUCCAUCAGACCAAGUGGAGCUGGAGAAGACCCGGGAAGCAGGCCGGUGGGGAGAGGCUGGUGGUCCAUGGCCUGCUGCCAGGAGGAUCAGCCAUGAAGAGUGGUCAGGUGUUAAUUGGUGAUGUCCUUGUUGCUGUGAACGAUGUUGAUGUGACCUCUGAGAACAUAGAGAGAGUUCUGUCCUGCAUUCCUGGGCCUAUGCAGGUGAAGCUGACAUUAGAAAAUGCAUAUGCUGUGAAAAAGGAAACGACUCAACCAAGACAGAAAAAUGCACAAUCGAAAACAGAAGGUGAUUUAGUCAAACUUCUAUGGGGAGAAGAGAUUGAAGGUAACCAGCAGAAUGUACUAAACACCCCUCACGUGGUUAUGUAUCUCACACUAGAGCUGGACUCCGAGACCUCAAAGGAGGAGCAAGAAAUUCUUUAUCAUUACCCAGUGUCUGAUGCAUCUCAGAAACUUAAAAGUGUGAGAGGGAUAUUUCUCACGCUGUGUGACAUGCUGGAAAAUGUAACUGGGACACAAGUUACUAGCUCGUCCCUUCUUUUAAAUGGGAAACAAACUCAUGUGGCUUAUUGGAAAGAAUCUGAGAAGUUGUUGUUAAUUGGCCUGCCUGCUGAAGAAGUUCCUCUUCCUCAGCUAAGGAAUAUGAUAGAAAAUGUUGCCCAAACCUUAAAAUUUAUGUAUGGUUCUUUAGAUAGUGCCUUUUGCCAGGUUGAGAAUGCUCCUCGGUUGGAUCAUUUUUUUGAACUGUUCUUUCAAAGAGCCCUUCAGCCUGCCAAGCUGCACGGCAGGGCCAGUCCCAGUGCCCAGCAGUACGAGGCCUCCAGUGCAGUUCUUUUAGACAAUCUCCCUGGAGUGCGGUGGCUCACACUUCCACAGGAAAUCAAGAUGGAAUUAGACACAGCAUUGAGUGACUUGGAGGCUGCAGAUUUUGCAGAACUGUCUGAGGAUUACUAUGACAUGAGGCGGCUGUAUACGAUUUUAGGGUCUUCUUUGUUUUACAAGGGUUAUUUGAUAUGCAGUCAUUUGCCUAAGGAUGAUCUUAUUGAUAUUGCCAUAUAUUGUCGCCACUAUGGCCUACUGCCUUUAGCAGCAAAACAAAGAAUUGGUCAGUUGGUAAUAUGGAGAGAAGUGUUUCCUCGACAUCACCUCCAACCUUCUACAGAUUCAAACACUGAAGUCUUUCCGGAACCUGAAGGGAGAUAUUUUUUGCUAAUUGUUGGCUGGAGGCAUUAUAUGUUGUGUGUACUAUUAGAAGCUGGAGGCUGCUCAUCCAAAGCUAUUGGGAACCCUGGACCAGACUGUAUAUAUGUGGAUCAGGUCAAAACAACUCUUCAACAGCUGGAAGGAGUAGGUGGCCGCAUAAAUGAACGGCUGGCAUCUUCUCCAAGCCCCUGCUUAUCUUGUGCUGACUGGUUCCUUGCUGGAUCACAUGAAAAAUUAGAUUGUUUGACAACCUCUCCUAUCCUCAGUAGGCUACAAGGUAUUUCCAAAGCAGCAACCUCUCCAACCUGCAGAAGAACUCUUUUUGGUGACUAUUCCUUAAAAACACGUAAGCCCAGUCCUUCCCGAAGCAGUGGAGGAUCUGACAGUGGUUGUGAAGGUGGAGAAGGUGUUGGCCCGAGCCCCCACACUACGCCAGAUGCAGUACGGAGGCAAAAAGAAUCCGAUGGCUUGGAAGAAAGUGGGGCCUUGCUUAAGGUCAGCAAAAAGAAGUCUACUCUUCCAAAUCCAUUUCAUUUGGGAAACUUGAAAAAGGAACUUUCCGAAAAAGAAUUGGAAGUAUAUAACACAUUGAAAUUGACAUCUGGUCCUGAGAACACACUUUUCCACUAUGUUGCUUUAGAAACAGUGCAAGGGAUCUUUAUUACUCCUACCCAUGAAGAAGUGGCCCAGCUAAGCGGCUCUAUCCAUCCUCAGCUAAUAAAGAAUUUCCAUCAGUGUUGUCUCUCCAUUCGUGCAGUUUUUCAACAGACCUUGAUGGAAGAGAAAAAGAAAGCACUAAACACUGCAGAUCACUCAGGUUCUACAAAUUUGGUGUCUUCUCUAAACCCUGUGAAAGAACAUGGAGUGUUGUUUGAAUGCUCACCUGAAAACUGGACUGACCAGAGAAAAGCACCACCAGUUAUGGCUUAUUGGGUAGUAGGGAGACUCUUUCUUCAUCCCAAAGUUCAAGAACUUUAUGUCUGUUUUCAUGACUCAGUUACAGAAAUUGCCAUUGAAAUGGCUUUUAAGUUGUUCUUUGGAUUGACCUUGUAACUGUUUUCUUGCUACACAGCACACUGUACAAUAAGAAGCACUGAGCAGUGUUAGGAUUGCUGAAAUCCAUACACAGAAGAUACAGUUUAGUUUCUUUUCACUGAACUUAAUAUUGUUAAAUAUUGAGAUCAUAUGCUGUUGGAUUUGAUGCACUAGAUCUUAAGUAGUAUUGUGAGACUUUUGAAAAGAUACUUGAUCAAAAUAUGAAGAAGGAGUUGUUAACUUAUUUCCAUUUUGGUAUAUAACAUUAAUUUAUUGACUAGUUUGAAAUAAUGUGAAGUGUUUUAUGUAAAAUUAAUAUAGAAAUAUUUAUCUUGGAAAAAUACUCAAUUCGUUGUGUAUUUAUCUCAAGACUAAUAUUGAAUCUGGUGAAAGAGUCAGGAAAUUGAGAGAACGUGACCAGUCCUGUAACAAUUAGUGCUGUAACCAUGAGCAAGGGCACUUCUCUGAGCUCAGGGCAUUAAAGUAUCAUGGGUAUUAAGGCACUGUGUUUAAAAAUAUUUAUUAAAUGUCUUAAAUUUCUUGAUAUUUUCCAAAAAAAAACUAUGAUCUUUUUUUAAUACCGAGAAUUAUUAAUAAAUGCAGCUACUUAUCACCUCAGAUUUUCAAACAGACUGAAAACUUGGGGUUUUAUCAUAGCAGGCUUUUUUUUCUUCAUUUAAUAAAAUUUUAGUCUAUUGAACUGCUUUUCUGGUAUCAAAGAAUCAUACUGACCACCACUCAAAAACUGAAACAAAAAGAUAAAGCAAACUACAGAUCUUAAUAAGGAGAAAUCAUUUGCUAUGUUAUAGAUGUAUACCGUAAUGUCCACAUUGUAAAGACAUUACAUUUUUUAAAAAUGAAACCAAACAUCAUCUUGGUUUUCAUCUCUAAAUGGAUAUUAAAGUAAACAUUGCAAAUAAACUUAGUAUACCUUUUUUCCAAAUAUGUUCUAAGUCACAUCUGAAAAUAGAUUAGUUUGAAUACUGGACAAUAAAUACUUAUCUGCCACUCUAUUAAAUAAAGGAGACAAAGUGACAGUGCAGAAACCACAGAGGUAUAUACUCUUUGGCAGGUAUAGAAACAUUAAGUUGGAUUUUGUUAGCAUCCUGCAAAUGGGCCCUUUCACCAAAGCCUAUUGAUGCAAAAGAUUAUAUAAUUGCCAUUUUAAAAAAUAUCAAGUACUGUCUUAUCACCAUCAUAUACAAGGUGGGGCAAAUAUAAGAAUAAGCUGUUUUCUGCAUACUCACAACUAUAAACCUACUUUUGUCCCACCCUGUAUUUUAAACUCCCCACAAUUCCAUUUUAGAGUCUACUGCCUUUCCUCCCUCCCUUUUCUUUAGCUAUUGUUGAUUUAUUUUUAUGGGGUUAAAGAACUAUACUCAGCAAGGGACUUUGUGCCAAGGGACUUUAAUGAUGAUGCCUACAGGCAAGAUAGUAAAUUUGCAGUGCCUGCUUUUUUAUAUUUCUAAUACAAAUGGGAAAACCUGUGAAACCAACUUAGUAGGUUUGUCUGCUUUGAGCAUUCUUGAAAAUAUUGUGAAUAAAUUGUUUGUUGUGUGUGUGGGUUCCCUCUAAAUAGUGCUGGCACAUGUUAUGUGCUAUAAAAGUGUUAGCUGCUGCUACUAUUAUUAAUCAAAUAUCCACUGGUUGAAAGCCAAGGAGUCAGCUAAAUCAUACCUGCUACUGUACAAAAUGUUGGAAAGAAGCUGAGGAAAAGUAUUCAGCACUAAACAUUUUUGAGAAUAGGAUUUAUACUUUGGCUGUUUUUUUAAAAAUAUUAUUAAAUGUUACUAAAACUUUAGGGACUAAAGUUUAGUCUAUACACUAAAUUGUGUGAAAAUAAUUUAAUUUUGUAGAGCUAUAUUUCUAUAUUCCAUAUAAUUGAAGCUAUUUUUAUACUGUAUUGAUAGUUUUUAAUAAAGAUGGUUUGGAGUUUGUGGU